AAUCUUGGUCUGUCUACAUUAUGGAUUUUCCUUCAGAAAUUAAAAUAAGUGUAAGCUUUGAAAUUUUAAAUCAUAAAGUCGUAUAUGUAUGAACGUAUGUAUUAAUUCCGAAGGUUAAUUAUUGUGUCUGGAAGUCUGUAUUUUGGUGCCAUCUGUUGGAAACGGAGUGUGUUCGGAGACUGCGAGAACGAAAACUCCCACCCAAAACCAAAGUUAAUACAGGGAUAUUUACAAACAAUAUACGGUACCUGUGUUGCUCGGAGAUGUUGAAUGCGUUGAGGUUGCAGGCCUCCAAUCCGGCGGCGCUCCGUUCUAGCUCCGCCGCAGCUUCCUCUCCCCGCCGGCUGAGUCUCCGGCUGCCCGCCCCCCGCCGUUUUGCUUCUUUCACUCUUCUUUCCGUCGAGAAUGCGACAUCGGACCCCUCCGUUGCUCCACAACUCACCUCCACCGUCGGAUCUCCCUCUCAGUGGGCCCUCUCUCACCGCCACAUUCAAUUCCUCAGUCUCACCGCCUGCGCCGCAGCAGUUUCUGCUACAUGGCUUUUCUGCGCUGCGAUUCCAGCCCUACUGGCCUUCAAGAGAGCUGCAGAGUCGCUGGAGAAGCUAAUGGACGCCACAAGGGAGGAGCUGCCCGACACUAUGGCUGCUGUUCGAUUAUCUGGGAUGGAGAUCAGCGACUUGACAAUGGAGCUCAGUGACCUCGGACAAGAAAUAACACAGGGAGUUAGAAGCUCUACUCGCGCUGUUCGUUUGGCAGAGGAAAGAUUGAGACGGUUGACAAGCAUAAAACCAAUAGUAUCUGUGCAGGAGGUCGCCCCAAUGAGAGCCCAGAUAGGCGAGCCGGUUCUGGCUAGAACUGCACGGGGCAUGAGGGAGAGCAUUGUUAAAGGCCGUGGAGUCGUGCAGAUGCUCUUCGCUCUAACCCGGUAUUCUAAAAUGCUCCUUAACUACUUCACUUCCCGUUCGAAGGCAUAAAUCCAGGUUCUGGUUUCAUAUGCUAGGGUGAAUUUGAGGCCAAUCAACCUUUGUACAUACUCUUGGUGUUGAAAAAUAUGAUUUUUUUUUUUGGUUGCAAGUCUUUUAGGAAGUGCUAGGUAGAGUUUUUGGAGCUCUUACAGAGCUUAAGAAUGGAGGCUAGGCACAGUAGAGAACUCGUAUUUGGCCUCCGUAGCAUGCAUCUCUCUUAACCUCUGAUCUUUACGCAGCGGCUGGCAAUUGUAUGAGUUGAUUUUAUUGCUAAUCAAGAGCUGAAAAAAGACAGAUCUUAAAUUCUGCAGGAGAUUGUUAAGCCUUUGAGUUGUUAGGACUCUGAUGAGUUAUGUGUGUUUUUCUACUUUGAAUUCUUCAUAUCUCAAAAAUUUGUGAAA